AUGCUAUAGUAAAUUAUCUUAGAAUAAAAACAAAAAAUAAGAGAAUUAGAAUUGCAAACUUAAAAAUAAUAAACACCUCCUAUGUAUAAAUAAUAAUUAUUGGAAUGUACUAAUUAAUUAGAAGAAAGCAAAAAUAUUAUCAAAUAAUUGUUAUAAUAAAAAGAAUAGCUCACCUAAAAGAUUUAAUCAAUGGAAUCAGAAAUUGAAUUAUAAUAAACUAAAACUAUCUAAGAUAUCUAAAAUCAAUAUAAUUAAAGAAUAACAUAAUUAUAGAAUGAAAAUUAAUUGUUAUAAGAAGAAUUGAAAUAAUUCUAACCAUUAUCAAAAGCAUUGAAUAAUUAUACAUAAGAAGAAAAGUAUAUUUAAUAAAUCAACAUUCUUUAUGAUUUCUUAUCAUCAUGGCAAAAAUAACAAAUGUCAGAAUUAGUUUAAUAUAAACGAGAAUUAGAAAUUUAAAUCAAUUAAAAAUAACAAUUAAACUAAAAACAUAUUGAAGAAAAAUAAUUACUUAAUACUUAAUUAAAUAAGAGAAUCAAAUUGGAUUAACAAAUUUAAAAUGAUGUUAUAUUACAAUUAUAAACUACACUUAAAGAAAUAUCUAAAUACUAAACUGAAAUUAAAUAGCUUAAAUUAUUUAAUGGAAGUUAUCAAAAGAUAGAAGAAAUCUUGACAUAACAAAUAGAAAAUCUUAGACCUAUUUAAAAUGUUUCAUAAAUUGCAUAGGUAUAAUAAGUAAAAUCUGUUUAAUCGUCAUAAAUUAAUAAAAUAGAGAAUAAUUAAUAGGAUGAUUAAACUAUCUAUCUUAAAGCAGAAAAUGAUUAAUUGAAAUAAGCAACAGAAGAUAUUAAAUAAUUAUCUUUACUUAGAGAAAAAACACUAAAAUAAGAGAUUUAAAGAAAUGAAGAUAAAUGUGAAUAUUUGACUUAGUAAAUUGAAAUCAGAGAAAAACAUUAUAUUUAGGAUUUACAUAAAAUUAAACUAUAUAUUGAAUAAAUUGAGAAAAAUUAUGAGUCAAGAGAAAACUUUUAUAAAUUUAAUAGUGAAGAACUUUAAUCAUUGCUUGAUAACUUUAGAAACAUCACAUAAUAAAUUGCCUUAGAAUUAAAAAAUAGAAAAGGUAAUGAACAUAUUAAAGAAUGUAAAGAUUUACUUUCAAAGUUGGUUUAAACUAAAUCAAAAUAGCCAAAGUAAAUUAAAAGUUUGGAAAAACUAGAAACUAUUUGCAAAGAUUUAUUAAAAAAUUAAUAAUUAAUAAAAUAAAAUGAAGAUCUUAAAGAAUUAAUUAUUGAUGUUAGCAAAUAAAUUUUAAAUUCUUAGGAAUAUAAGUAGCAGACUAUUAUAUUAUUUGAAGCACUAGAUUAAUUGGAAGGUAUUAUUACUAGUCCAAAUAAAAGAGUUGAUGAUUUAUUAGAUUUAUUCCAUAAAGAAUUACAACAGUUAACUAAAUUAAGAGAAUAAACAUAUCAAAAUAAUACAAUUUAUACGCAAAUCUUAGAAAUCAUAAAAGAAAAAUAAGAAUGUCCAGCAAUCUAAUCUAAUAGUUCAAAAGAAUUAGAACAUAUUACAUAAUUGAGAUUACUAGAAUAGGAAUAAUAUAAAAAAGAAAUUGAUAUUGCCAUUAAUAGAAGUUAAAAACUUUUAGAGGCUCAAGAAAUAAAAAUUAAGAGUCUUGAAUAUUAAAUAAGAAAACAAGAAUAAUAAAUUAAUUAAUAAUUUUAAUCAACUUCAUCUUAGUAGAAUGAAAUGGAUACACUAAUCAAAUAAUAAAUUAAGUAAAUUAAUAAACUAUAAAAAUAAUUGAAUGAAGUCUAAUAGUAAAGAAUCUAAGAUAAAAAAGAUAUAAUUAAACUAAUAUAAGAUAGUGAAGCUAAAUAAAUUGAAAACUAAAAUAAAAUAUUAAAAUAAAUAGAUAUUAAAUAUAAUACUAUUGUCGAAAUUGUAAAUAAAAAAUUAAAUAAAUUAAUUUAAUCAGAUAAAAUCCUUAAUAAUGAAGAAUAGUAAAAAAUAAUACAUUAAGAUACUGAUUCUCAAAUUAAAUAAUUAAUCAAAAAGGAUUAAGAAAGAGAUUAAUAAUAUUAAUUAUAAUUAGAAUAAUUGAGAUAAGUAAUUGAUGAAUUAAAAAACAAUAUUUAGAAUCUCCAUGCAGAAAAGGGUGAAUUAAUUUAGCAAUUAGAUGAACUUAAUAAAGUUGUAUAAACUUAAAAAAAAGUUUAUUAUUCUUUUCGUUAACAAUAAUAAUGA